AUGGGCGUGACAGUGCUCGUGACAGGUGGCUCGGGCCUCGUCGGGCGGGCUGUCCAAGAAUGCAUUGCCUCGGCGCCAACGACCGAUGAGACGUGGGUCUUUACGCAGUCGAGCGAGGCCGACCUCACCGAUCUGGCGUCGACGCGGGCGCUCUUUGCCCAUCACAAGCCGACGCAUGUGCUGCACUUGGCCGCUAUGGUCGGCGGCCUCUACCGCAACGUAGCCCAGCCCGUCGACUUUUUCAUGCAGAACGCGCGCAUGAACGAGAAUGUGCUCCAAGUCGCCCACGAAUGCAACGUUGCCAAGGUCGUGUCGUGCCUCUCGACGUGCAUCUUUCCCGACGCGACGCCGUACCCGAUCGACGAGACGAUGCUGCACAACGGGCCGCCCCACGCCUCCAAUCUCGGGUACGCGAUGGCCAAGCGCAACAUCGAUACCCUCAAUCAGUGCUACGCGCGGCAGUACGGGCGCUGCUUUACGUCCGUCAUACCCACCAACGUCUACGGCCCACAUGACAACUUCCACCUUGACGACAGUCACGUCAUUCCCGGUCUCAUUCACAAGUGCUACAUGGCCAAGACGACGCACACGCCGUUUGUCGUAAGUGGUACGGGCGCGCCACUGCGGCAGUUUAUCUACAGCGCCGACUUGGCAACGCUUCUCGUCUGGGUUGUCCGCCAUUACACCGAGACGACGCCGUUGAUUCUCGCUGUCGACGCUGGCGACGAAGUAUCGAUUCGCGGAAGGCAUCGCUGCCGCCUUGCAAUUCACCGUAUGUCAGCGCUGAAUGACGGGAACCUUGUGUUUGACACGACCAAGGGCGACGGGCAGUACAGAAAGACCGCGAGCAACGCCAAGCUCCGAUCGCUGAGCCCGGAGCUCGGUGCCUAUCGGUUCACAACCCUCGAAGCUGGCUUGCAAAAGACGACCACGUGGUUCCUCGACAACCUCGCGACGUGUCGGCGGUAA